CUGUCAAACUGAAUUCAAAAAAGCAAAUGUGCUAGCAUUGCGGGCCUUAUCUUGGAAAUUGUAAUUCAGAUUACGCGUGACAAAAAUAAGUGAAGGGUACCUACCAAAAGAAAGAUUAGCAUAAAUCACAUUCUCAUCACAAAAGUGCCUUCGUAGCACGAUGCGUAAGUACGCAAAUUAUUGGCGUGACUCAGCAUCCGUGAUCAUAGCGGCUCGGAACAAGAAUAACGAGCCAGAUGAACAUGGAUACAAUUACAAGGUGCUUGUAUUCAAGCGGACGGAAAACACCAGCUUCCUUCCUAAUCAUAUCGUUUUUCCCGGUGGCUCUUACGAUCCACAAGACGAUUCUGCAGAUUGGCUAAGAUUGUUUGACGAACAAAGCAUAUCACAUGAAGCUUUGCAAUCAGUGUGUGCAAUAUCCGGUCCACGACCUUACAUUUUCUGCACAACGGAUGGCGAUUUGCUCGACCGUAACAUAUCCGUCAGACUGUGUGCCCUAAGGGAGUGUUUCGAAGAGCUAGGUGUACUGUUGGUGGCAAACAAGCACAACCGAGAUGGCUACAGUGUUGCACAGAGUGGAUUAGACGUGCGUAGCUGGCAGACGGAUGUCCACGAUGGUAGGAAAAAACUACAUGAGCUAUAUGAGCAACUGCAGGAAACGCCUGAUCUGUGGGGUCUCUAUGAGUGGUCCACUUGGAUAACACCAACACAUUUCCGACGCAAGCGUUUCGAAACAGCUUUCUUCCUGGCGGCACUGGACGAAAUUCCUCCCGUUUAUCCCGAGACGCACGAGGUGGAAGAAUAUAUGUGGCAAUCACCAAAGAGUUUACUUUCUGCCCAUUCGGAAGGAAAUCUAUGGCUGGCACCACCACAGUCAUACGAACUACAUCGUUUAAGUCACGUAAACGAUAUCGAUGUGCUUGUACGGUUUGCUGCAGCAAGAAAUCGUUUAGGUUCGACCGCGUUCUGUCCCGUUGCCUAUAAUGCUUCUGACGGGUUUAUCGGUGUACUUCCGGGAGAUGAUCUCUAUCCGGAGAAUUUCGAUUUUAUCACCGAUAAUGAGGAGAUGAACAAAUAUGGUGAACUAACAAUGCAGGAACUAGCUGAUACGGCACGUAAUCUGCACCGGGUAGAGCAUCGUGGUCUACACACCCAAACGUACCUGCAUAGUGGCCCCACGUUGGAUCGACAUCUGCACGUGCUGGGAUACAAUGGAGGGCAACUUUCAAAACUGUGAUAUUGAAUACUGCAAAGGGCAAUAAAGCUUAUGGGAAUGGUUAGAA